GGUUGUGGGGGAGGCAUGAAUGUGAUUCCCCAGCUUUUUAGGCAUAGAUACAAAGUGCCUCAGUCUGCAAAGGCAUUGUUUUAGUGAGUAAUGAAUUCACUGAUUUAAAAAAAUCUAAUAGCAAAGGAAUCUGAAAAAUGAGAAAAGGGGAAAAUCUGGCUCUGUGUGAACGAAAAUAAUCACAGAAGCCAUGAAAUGGCCCCCUGCACCCCAGGCAGGGAGCAGUUGUGGAGCUCAGCUGUGCCUGUGGUUAAUAAUAAAUAGACUCUCUUGGCCAGAAGUCCUGGCCUGCGCACCCCCAUGUGCUGCCUGCCCCCCUUCCUCCACCUCCUCCCAGGCUGCCCAGGCAUUGCUCCAGUACCCACCCAGCCUCCCUCCAUGAGACGGACACCCAGAGCACCAUCCAUAUGCACAAGAUGAUUAGGAAAAUAACCUCCAGCCUGGGAAGACAUGUGUCCACCAUGGCACGUGGGACCACCCAGGUGAGAAGAUUUCUGCAUGGUGCUUAUGUCAGGAUUCAUCCCUCUGUCCAGGAAGCCCUGAUGGAGGGGAGACCAGUUGUAGCCUUGGAAAGCACCAUCAUUACUCAUGGCAUGGCCUAUCCUCUGAAUCUGAGCAUGGCCAGAGAGGUGGAAGAAACUGUAAGAGUAAACGGAGCAGUGCCAGCCACUGUAGGUAUUUUAAGGGGCCAAAUCCAUGUGGGACUCACAGACGAGGAACUCGAGUUCUUGGCAAGCAGUAAAAAUGCAGUUAAAGUGUCUCGGAGAGAUUUUCCUUUUGUCCUCAGCCAGGGCCUGUCUGGUGGCACUACUGUGUCUGGAACAAUGAUUGCUGCACACAAAGCAGGAAUUCCCGUGUUUGUGACAGGUGGCAUAGGAGGUGUCCAUCGGGAAGGAGAGAACACUAUGGAUGUGAGUGCUGACUUGACAGAGCUAGGACGAACUCCAGUUGCUGUUGUAUCUGCAGGAGCCAAGUCUAUCCUUGAUAUUGGCAGGACACUGGAAUAUCUGGAGACUCAGGGUGUCUGUGUGGCUGCCUUUGGAGAAUCAAGAGAGUUCCCAGCCUUCUUCUCACGCCAGAGUGGCUUCCAGGCACCAUAUCAUGUCCGGGACGAAGAGGAGGCAGCUAAACUCAUUGACAGUGCACUGGGGCUAGGCCUAAGCAGCGGGGUGCUGAUAGCAGUGCCCUGUCCCCAGGAGCGAGCUGCCUCAGGCCAGGUCAUCGAAGAGGCCAUCCAGCAAGCUCUCAGUGAAGCCAGGUCCAAAGGGAUCACAGGCAAAGAAGUGACCCCUUUUUUGUUACAGAAGCUCAUAGAGUUAACUGAUGGGAAAUCACUGGACUCCAACCUUGCACUGAUCCAGAAUAAUGCCAAAGUGGGCAGCUGCAUUGCAGUAGCCCUGAGCAAAAUACAGAAAACCAGAAGGAAGGGGAACCUGCCUCACCAAGGGGACACGACUGCACCUCAACCAGUGGUGAUUGGAGGUAUCAACGUUGACUUUAUAGCCAAGGCGCAGAACCCUGACAUCCUGGGUGGUGGGCAAACAAAUGCUGGAAGAGUGAGACGAACCUUUGGCGGUGUUGGAAGAAACUUGGCAGACUGUUUAAGCCGUCUUGGACAAACUCCUCUCCUUUUAUCAGCUGUGGGGAAGGAUGAGCAUUUACAGUCUGUCCUGCACUACUGCCACCACAUGGACAUGAGUGCUGUCCUUCAGCUGGAGGGGAAGAGCACAGCCACUUACUGUGCUGUGGUCACCAGUGCUGGGGAGCUCAGCAUCGGCUUGGGAGAUAUGGACAUCCACCAGCAGAUCACAGAGCAAUACGUGUCCCAGUUCAAGGAGACCCUGUGUCAGGCCCCGCUAGUUUGCAUUGAUGGAAAUGUGCCUCUUUCCACUAUUCAGUACGUCUGCCAACUAGCUAAAGAGCAUCAGCUAGCAGUGUGCUAUGAGCCAACAGAUGAGAACAAGGCCUCUAAGCCGUUCCUCUCAGACAGCUGGAAAGCACUCACAUACAUUUCCCCCAACCUGCAAGAGCUAAGAGCAAUAAAUCGGACCCUUGGGAACCCUGUGCCAGCAGAGCUGCCAUCCAGGUUGGAGGAUGUUGUCCAGACUGCGGUGGCCUUGGCCUGCCCUUUGCUGGCCCACCUGCAGUGUGUGGUGGUGACCCUCGGCACUCACGGCGUCCUCCUGUGUGGCAAGAGCCUGGGAGGGAGCAUCUUGCUUUGUCCAGGAGCUCAAGAACAGACUGCUGCUGCCAGCCUCUGUGCCGCCCACUACCCCACCAUCCCCAUCAGCAGAGAGGAGAUAGUCAAUGUCUCAGGAGCUGGCGACAGCUUAAUGGGAGGAAUCCUUGCAGGGAUGCUUGCUAAACAUGACACAGACACCUGUGUCCAGAUGGGUCUGCUUGCUGCAAGCUUGUCUCUCUGUUCCUAUGAGCCCAUUUCCCCAGAAAUCAGCACUUCCAGUGUCAGCCAGGAGCAAGUCAAGAGCAGGAGCUGGCCAGAGGUGAAGGUAUGGAAGAUGGACUAGAACACCGUGGCUUUCUCAUCUAUCACUUCCCUGAAGUCCCAGCAUUCCUAUUUCCAGGAACUGGACUGUUUUAAGUGUUGAGUUCAAAGGCUGGGUGCUGACCAGAGGAUUUAGACUUUUGGUGCAUGGUACUUUUUGGGAGGUGAAGUGUUUGUGGAGUGCAUUCGGUGAAAACUGAUAUUGCACUGUUCACAUUUAUGUUUGUCUGCUGUUGUUAA